CGUGACAUGCGUCUUACUACAUUUACCCAUUUGCACACCCCUUCUCGCGAUCUCGGAAAACCCUGGGUGAUAAGACGAAGUACGUCUGAAUUCCUAAAUUUGAUGAAAUUCUUAGUGAUUUGGACAAAUUUUCAGAGGAAAUUCAGUCAUUUAAAAGACUUAGUAUAAAAAGGAGACAUACAUGUACUGUUAUAAGCAUGUAGUAUAAGCUACACACAUUUAUCAGGAAUAUAUUGAAGGAACAUAAGGAGUCACCUUGGGUUAUUGUAUUGGCUGCAGUGUUGAAAAGAAAAGAAAACCCAAUCUUUAUACAUAUAAAAAGAGAAUUCUUAAAAUGGAUGACUUAGAAGUAGACUGUUGUCCAGUCCAACACGGUCCUGUUUCAGUUGAUUAUACCACUAUGGAGAUAAAAAGAAACUCUAGGCUAGAUGCUAGAGUGGUACAGGCACCUAACUACAUGCGUAUCGGUGAUCAGAGUAUGCAAUUCCAUCCUCGGCAAUAUCACAAACCCACGUAUCAUUCACAACAGUCGUUAGAAAUUGAUGGUGAUGUGAUGAGCAUGGAAGAAGAUUCCCCCCAUUUGGUCAAUGAUGACAGCAGGUUUUUGUCUGAGGGGGUGAAGCCAUACAUUGAACCAGCCAGUCUUUCCUUUGGACCCUACAACUCGGGGAUCAAAGCCAAGACUAACACAUCACGAAGACCACAGGAGGUCCCCUACAUCGACAUACCCAGUUCUGUCUUCCACGACACAGAAUAUAAAAUGGACCAUCGAAAGAGAGGUAUAGCCCUCAUCAUCAACAACAUGAACUACGCUGAUGUCCGACAGAGACCCGAGCGAGAGGAAUCAAUCCACGAUGCCUCGGCCAUGGAAAAUCUGUUGGAGCAUCUGAUGUUUACACCUGUAACCCAAAGAAUGGGUCACAAGAAUAUGGUGGUCAAUGAUGUGUCCUCAAAGCGGUUGGAGGAACUAAUUCAAGAUGUUACCAACCCUGCGCUGAAUGACUUCAGUGACUGUGAUUGUUUCCUUAUGGUUGUCCUUAGUUACGGAAUAGAUGGCAGUAUAAUGUGUUGUGAGGGAGAAAGGGACAAGCUGAUCCCGGUGGAAGAAGUCGUUGCACAGUUCAAAGCUGAUAAAUGCCCCUCCUUGGCCAUGAAACCAAAACUAUUUUUCAUGCAGUUGUGUCCAGCUUUUACAUACAACAUAGCUGACUCGGUUGGGAGAAGUGGUCCUACAUCGAUGGAACCUGAGGUCCGUAAGAUUCCAACAGAUUCCGAUAUCUUGGUUCAAAUCUCUACUCUGCCAGGUACUUAUGGCUGGUACGAAGAUGACAACGCCCUCUCUUGGUACAUUCAGGGCUUAAAGGACACGCUUCAGAAAAACUGUUAUGACCCUUUACGGCAGGGUCAAAGGUCACGGGAAAUUAAUGACAUUCUCCUCCAUGUAAACAGAUUGUACAUCAGUAAGCUGAGAGAGCAAGGCAUCUGUCCUAGUAGACACUACUCAGCACCCGCCAUCACAUCAACUCUGACAAAGGACUUGUAUUUUCUGCCUAAGGGAAUCGAAGCUACGUGACAAUACUGAAGAAUUCCAAACAAGAUUUGAGCUGUACAGGGACAAUGGAUUUCUAAACUUAUUCAUAAAACUUGACAAUAUAUAUAUAUAUAUAUAUAUUUGUGUGUGUAUAUACAUGUGUACACUGUGUAUAUAUAUUGAAACUGAUAUAUGUAAAUACAUAUCCACCUAACAUUAUAGAAGCAUACCGUAUAUACUCGCCUAUAAGUCGGUUCGCCUAUAAGUCGACUGUAUAGUUACAUGUAUAAGGUUAUUUUAGAGGGAAUUGCCAUUGACCCAUUUGUGAGUUGGUCCAACUUUUUUCAAGAAUCGGUUGACAAUUUUAAAUCAAUGAACUGAUGUUUUUACCUGUGUUUCAAAUAAUAUUUUGAAAAAUGCGCCAAUAUUUGAUAUAUUUUUCCAACAAAUCAAUUUCAUAUCAAUACUCUUAUGUAUUUAUUUGUGUUCCAAUAAUGUUUUGGGAUAUUCAUCGAUAUUUCAUCUUUUAUUCUCAACAAAUUAAUCAGUUACUAUUUUGUUUAUUUCAUCCAUUUUUUUGUUGUUUAAAAAAUACUAGGCUAUACAUUACACCAUCCAAAAAACCAAUCUUCUUAGGACACUCCUUUAAGUCGGAUCGAGAGUUUGGACCAAAAUUUAACUCCCUAAAAUCCGACUUAUAGGUGAGUAUAUACGGUAUUCCAAAUGCAGUCUGCAAUACGUAACUAUACAUUUAUAUAUUAAACACAGGGGUCCCGAACUCUGUGAUACCAUGAAGAAAAUUCUUUCUUUGAUCACCGAUAAUUAUGUAAAUGAAAAUAUUCAUUUCAUACCCCCCCCCCCCUUUGGUAUUAGAUGGGAAUAUGGAGAGUAAUGAUUAGUAUAUUUACAUGAAGUCAGAUAUUGCUUGAAAAUUUUGAGUUAUUUUCAAAAUGGUUGUGUUAGUUGACAAAAUAUUUCAUAAUAUACUUGUUAUUUCCUCUUAAUUAAAUUUUACGACUAAAACGUACAAAA